AUGACCGGCGCCGCCGCCGGCACCCACCGCUGCCCGCACCCCAAAGGCGCCAAGGGCACCCCCCGCUCCCGGAGCAGCCACGCGCGGCCCGUGAGCCUCGCCACCAGCGGCGGCUCGGAGGAGGAGGACAAAGACGGCGGGGUGCUGUUUCACGUGAACAAGAGCGGCUUCCCCAUCGACAGUCACACCUGGGAGCGCAUGUGGCUGCACGUCGCCAAGGUGCACCCCAAAGGGGGAGAAAUGGUAGGAGCCAUCAGGAACGCCGCCUUCCUGGCAAAGCCUUCAAUACCCCAGGUCCCAAAUUACAGGCUGUCAAUGACGAUCCCAGACUGGCUCCAGGCCAUCCAGAAUUACAUGAAGACACUACAAUACAAUCAUACAGGGACCCAGUUCUUUGAAAUUAGGAAAAUGCGACCGCUGAGUGGGUUAAUGGAAACAGCAAAAGAAAUGACCCGUGAGUCCUUGCCUAUCAAAUGCCUUGAGGCUGUCAUCUUGGGCAUAUACUUAACCAAUGGGCAGCCUUCCAUCGAGCGAUUCCCCAUCAGCUUUAAAACCUACUUCUCAGGAAACUACUUUCAUCACGUCGUGCUGGGUGUUUAUUGUAAUGGCUGUUAUGGUUCCCUGGGCAUGAGCCGAAGGGCGGAGCUAAUGGACAAGCCGCUGACCUUUCGGACUCUGAGUGACCUCGUCUUUGACUUUGAAGACUCCUACAAGAAAUACCUGCACACUGUCAAAAAGGUCAAGGUUGGACUGUACGUCCCCCAUGAGCCUCACAGCUUCCAGCCCAUUGAGUGGAAGCAGCUGGUGCUCAACGUCUCGAAGAUGCUGAGGGCUGACAUAAGGAAGGAGCUGGAGAAGUUCGCCAGGGACAUGCGAAUGAAGAUAUUGAAACCUGCAAGUGCCCACUCUCCAACCCAAGUGAGAAGCCGGGGAAAAUCCCUGUCCCCCCGCAGGAGACAAGCAAGCCCUCCGAGGAGGCUGGGCAGAAGAGACAAGUCGCCCGCUCUGCCUGAGAAGAAGGCGGCUGACCUCAGCGCGCUGAACGAAGUGGGCUAUCAAAUCCGCAUCUAGCCAAGCCAUACUGGCCAGCGGCGGCUCCGUGGCGCUUCUCUCUGGCACUUUACCCCACCUUCCCGAGGAACUGCAGCUGUCUGUCAAGGUCCUGUGAGUUUUACUUUUCAGGAUUCACAUGGAAAUGGAAUCUGAGAGGUGGGAACAAUGAGCUUUAUAAACCUCCCUGGGAGGAGACCAUGGACAGGCUACUACCCCGCUGGGGCUGGACUGUCUCCCUCACUCAAGAUUUCAAGGAAGACAUUAACAGUAGUUUUGAAUUUUUUCCAUUUACCAAAUUUCUUUUACUUGUUUUGGAUAUUACGCCUCCCCAGUAGUAAGUGUUCGUGACAACCUCUCCCUCUUUUGCUAUUAUAAGGUGGCUCAACCAGUAUUACUAUCUUUUUCAGCAAUAACAGAAACAAAGAUGGGUGGGUUUUUUUAAGCAGUUACUAUUACCUCAGCAUUUUGACAUCAGAUAUGCAAUCUUAACAAUGUUUUUUUAAUAUAAAUAUUCUAUUUGUAUUGCAGUUUUUCCAGGUGCAUGUGAUGAGAUUUUAGGUGUUAUAUGCAGGUGUUUACUUAGCAGCACUGAAAUUCUGGCAAUACGGGAAUACAUUUUUUAGUACCUGAAUCACUUUUCUUAAGCAGUCACUGACGGAAGCAUGUUCUUUCAAAGCAAAACAACACAUUGACAAGCUAGUCUACGCCUGUCACUAGCAUUAAACUUUGCAGAGUCACCACAAAGCACAAGAGGUCAUGCACUUGCUACACACACGUAGCAUGCCAAGGUUCUGCCAGGCAGGCACUGGGAAGACAGACGUUAGGAGUCCGUCAGUCUGCAGAAGUGGUAACCGCUUACAUUCUGUCAUUUGUAAACACUGAGUCAGGCUUGGACUCUGGAGGGCUCCGUGUUUUAACGACGUGCCAUCACCCUAUGUUCCCGCUCAAUGAGAUUCUCCCGUGCUUUGCUCUUACGAAGUUGGGAAGCACCACCGCUGGAGACAGAGAACACUUGUUUGGCACGAAGUCUUCCAGUCUGAGGCUUAGAGCUAGCCCACAUGGCAGCUACGAAAGGUGUAACUGCUGGCUGCAGACCAUGGGAUCUAAAUCAAAAGCAAUCCUAUUUGACCCAAGCAACUCAUGAGACCAAAGGACACGUUCGAGUCACGUCAGCUAGCCCAGUGCCCUCAGUCUGCAUCUCUUGGCAAUGAGAUUCUGACGAAGGGCUUCCAGGAAGGAAGUCAAUACAAGGAUCGGCCUGCUCAGAGUCCAGACCAAGAAAGCCUCGGGGGAAGGGGAGGAAAGGGGAGCAGUCUUCACUCCUCAGCUACACGCACAAGGGCUCCCAUGCCCUGGAAAGCAGUAUUAAUGGUAAGCAUGUUUCCUUGGAAAAGGAAGGCUUAGAGAACAGGACCCACAGGAAUACACCACUAAAACACGGUGUCCGUUUAAAAUUCUGAACUUGGUGUCUUUCAAGAAUGGUAAUGCCAGUCAGGUUCAGAGUGAGUUAUCUGGGCUGGGGGAGUAGCUCAGUGGCAAGCAAGCGCUUAGCACUGAGAGACCCUGGGUUCAAUGGCCAGCUUCAAAGUGUAUCUUCACUCAGCAGCCCAUUCUCAGCCUUUAGGCCAGUGUUCGGUGCAGCCAGAGAAGCAGUUCACUCUCACUGUGAAACAACCCUGCCUCACACCCAUCUGCUCACGCCUCCGAACUGCGUCACAGUAAGCGAGCUGCCACACACCAGCACUUGGAAGUGCGUUCCAAGAGUCCCUUAAGGACCAGCUCAUAUAAAAGGUGGAAUCCAGACAGUGGACAACCGCGCUUCCUACAAGAUGUGGGAAAAGAGCAGCGGUGCAAAACUGCCCCUGACCUGCUGACGACUCCUGAGUAAUCAGUCCUCCCACACUCACUUUCCUUUGACAAAGCAGUCACAGAAACAUUUAAAAUGUUCCUACCUGUCAAGUGUAUUUUAUUGCCCAUAGAACAUGCUGACUUCUAAAAAAACCAUAAAAUUGUAAUGCAAUAGCGUAAUUAAAAUAAUGUGGCAAAAAAAAAA